AUGACCCGAACCAACCUACGGACUGGUCUCAACAAGGGCCACCCCACAACCCCCAUUGAAAAAGCCGUGCGUCCCAGCCAGCGCAAGGGCAUCCAAUCCGCCAAGACCAAAUUUGUGCGGUCUGUUGUUCGUGAGGUUGCUGGAUUCUCAGCGUAUGAGCGUCGGGUGAUGGAGCUGCUGAGGAACUCAAAGGACAAAAAGGCGAGAAAGUUGACAAAGAAGAGGCUCGGUACUCUUUUGCGAUCAAAGCGCAAGCUGGAAGAGCUCUCGACGAUCAUCCAGGAGAGCAGGAGGGCAGGACACUAG